AUUUGCAUUGCUUGUCACCCUCAAAAAAUUGCCUGGUGUCACAACUUAAGUUAUCAUGUCCGAUCACGAAGAUGCAGGUGAAGGAGGUGGUGCUCAAGAGUAAGUUUGCCUACAUUUUGCUGCAGAAAGGGCAAAACAAAUACUGAUUGCUUUCCCCAUUGUCUCAGCUUUUACGAUGACGCACUCGAUCAAGAAGAUACCUAUGAUGCAGAAGCAGAGCUAUUGGCAGGCGAAGAAGAAGUGAUUGUAGAUGGAAAUGAUGGAAGCCACAGAACAGGAGAGGUACCCAACGCCGAACGAAUGACGACACCUUAUAUGACCAAAUAUGAACGUGCAAGGAUUCUUGGAACAAGAGCGUUACAGAUCAGUAUGAAUGCACCACCACUUGUUCCUAUCGAAGGAGAGACUGAUCCUCUACAAAUUGCAAUGAAGGAAUUAGCAGCAAAAAAGAUUCCAUUAAUCGUUCGUAGAACUCUGCCUGAUGGAUCUUACGAGCUAUGGAAAGUGUCAGAAUUGAUCAUCAAUGAAUGAUUAGCAAUUGUUCGGGG